AUGCAGCCUACGAUAGAAGCCCAUAAGAAACCUAUUCACUCGGGCCUUGACGACACUCAGAGUAGGCUGCGCGACGUCGCCGCGUCCGCGCACGCUGCUCAUGAGGAAGAACCCCUCUGUGGCAGACGGGGCCCUAUAGGGCUGAUGUUCAGCCGGGGUUGCGGGUUAAACGCAGAGCAGGAGAAGGAACGGGGGGGGGGUUACAAAAUGUUCGACACGUACGUGACACUAUCAGCCGAUCAAUACAACGCAAUAAGCAAGAAAUAUGAAGAAUUCCAGAGAACCUGUGAUGAUGUGACGAAAGAACCUAUCAAGGUAUACAGUCCUCUAUCACAGAAGAACUUGGAGGAGCUGUACCUCAUCAGGGAAGUGAGUAAGACACUUCAGAAGAAGAAGGAGGAGGAUAUGAAAAAGGCUGCGCAAGCGGCAGCUGAGCAGGAAAAGAAAGCGGAAGAAGAAAAGCCUGAGGAGAAGGAGAAGACAGAAGAAGAAAGCAAGUGA